AUGCAGUACGUUAGGAGCAUAAGUGGAUCAGUCUCGAAAACAUGGAACUCGAUAAACCCGGCAACCCUUAGCGGUGCCAUCGAUGUCAUAGUUGUCGAGCAAGAAGAUGGGUCCUUGGCGUGCUCUCCCUUCCACGUCCGGUUUGGGAAGUUUUCCCUGCUUCGACCGUACGAGAAGAAGGUGGAAUUUUCUGUCAACAAUGUCAAGCAGGAUUAUGCCAUGAAGCUUGGGGAAGGAGGGGAGGCGUUCUUUGUGUUUGAGACGAGCGAUACUAUUCCUGAGGCCAUGCAAACAUCACCUCUGGUCUCACCAGCUUCCAGCCCUCCCUUGCCGGCAGAAAGCUCAAGCGUCCCUAAUCUCUCCGAGCCAGACUUCCUAGAUUUAGACACUGUGACAGGGAAGGCAAGAUCCGGUAGUUUGACGAUUUCCGCUUCUUCGCAGAGGAGAGGCAGCAAUCUCAGUACUCUGACCCCUCUAUCUUCAUCACCCGAUUAUCAAAAUGCGCGCCCAUUAUCAGGGGAUUGGGCUGGAAUUGCUUCUGGACGACGCAACCCAGAUGAACCACUCCCAUCCGAUGCCCGUGCACGUACCAGCGACGGAACAGGGCGAGAACGUCAGAAUCGUUCCUCCUCUCCAACCUUCCUGCCACAGGAUAGAACGUCUGAUGCGCCUACCGAAAGAUCCAAUAGUCCGCCACCCUUACCAACAAAGGAAGCGAUCGAACGAGCGAUGGCUUUAUCAAACCGCCUUUCUGCUUCAAAUAUACCUAGUCAGGUCACGGAUACGGGAGAUCUAAUGCUCGAUAUGACGGGAUACAAAAGUAGUGACGAUGCUGCACUUCGAGCAGAAGUCAUUGCGAGAAAGAUUCUGUCCGAGGAAUUGGAAGGUAACUAUGACAUAGGGGCUCUCAUUGGAGCUGAUGAGCAUGGCAAUUUGUGGAUAUACAGUAGUGAAGAGGCCAAAGAGGCCGCAAGUCAGAGGGCGGAGGCUGCGGGCAUUCGAAAUCCCGAGGCCUUGACCAGUGACGCCGCAUCAGACCCAGGGUAUCACAGUGACGCAGACAGCGAUAUUGUUCGUACACCCGCCGUCCCCACUCAUCGCCGUGCGGAUUCAGAAGGUGCCCGGAUUGGCUUAGAAACCCCGCCCAAGACGCCUCCAGAGAGUGCGGGCGAUCCAAAUCGCAACUACGCGAAGACACUUCGCCUGACAAGCGAUCAAUUGAAGACCCUGGGCUUGAAACCUGGCCCGAAUCCAAUGAGCUUCACAGUAAAUCGGGCAACCUGUCAAGCAUAUAUGUAUCUUUGGAAGUAUGACGUUCCCAUUGUGAUUUCUGACAUCGAUGGCACGAUUACCAAGUCCGAUGCUCUCGGCCAUGUGCUCAAUAUGAUCGGUCGCGAUUGGACGCAUAUAGGCGUAGCGAAGCUUUACACGGAGAUCGUCAAUAACGGGUACAAUAUCAUGUAUCUGACAUCCCGUUCGGUGGGGCAGGCUGAUACUACUCGAGCCUACCUUAACGGCGUCUAUCAGGAAGGCUAUCGCUUGCCCAGUGGACCGACGAUCAUGAGCCCUGACCGUACGAUUGCGGCUUUAAGAAGAGAGCUGUACAUUCGCAAACCCGAAGUCUUCAAAAUGGCUUGUCUGCGCGAUAUCAAAAACCUUUUCGGCCCAAAUCGAACGCCGUUCUAUGCCGGGUUCGGUAACAGACUUACAGAUGCUCUGUCAUAUCGCUCGGUCAGCAUCCCUAGCAAUCGAAUCUUUACGAUCAACAGUUAUGCCGAAGUCUCACUGGAUCUACUGAGUCUCAACAAGUUGAGAUACAGCUAUGUCAACAUGCGUGAGGUCGUAGACCAUUACUUCCCUCCCGUCAACACACUCGUCAAGGGUGGCGGGGAAGAGUAUACUGAUUUCACAUACUGGCGAGAACCAAUCCUCGAAGUUGACGACUUCAGCGAUUCGGAGAGCGACGAAAGGGAAGCUCGGGACGAAGACAUCCGUGAAAGUGAAGACGAAGAGGACGAGGACGAGGAUGUAAACGAAGAAAUGGGCGAUAGCUACAUCUCUCAUGAAGAAGACGACGAAGAAGAAGAAGACGAAGAAGAAGAAGGCGAAGAAUAUGAAGAAGAAGGAGAGGACGGAUUGGAUGACAGUAUAUUAUCCGACUCGGUAGAUGAAGAGGAGGGAAGUGUUCUGGAGGAAGAAGUUGAAAUCGAGGAAGAUGUUGUGCUGAGUGUAGAGGGAGAAAGACAUGAAGAUGAUCAUACGCAGAUCACUGAUUCUCAAAUUCCUCGUCCUGCCACAGUUGAAGAAAGGAACAGAGAUGUGGCUGCGGAAGUGAUAUCGGGAGUGAAGGGAUUGAGCCUUGAAAGAGAGGGAUGA